AUGUACAAAUAUUGGAAUAAUAUUGACAAAGACAUCGAGCGGUUGGUGAGAAAUUGCGAAAAUUGUGCAACUAAUAGAUCUAAUCCACCGAAAGCUUCAGUGCAUCCUUGGGAUACACCUCAAGAAAAUUGGGAACGAGUGCACAUCGAUUACGCUGGACCUUUCCAAAAUUUCUACUUCCUCUUUUGUAUUGAUGCAAAAUCAAAAUGGGCAGAAAUCAUAGUAAUCAAAGAUAUUCCAACUAGCUCAAGUACCAUACAAAUACUUCAACAUAUUUGCUCAACUCAUGGAUAUCCUCAAGUUAUGGUAUCCGACAAUGCCAAUGUCCAAACCACGGUAUUUUCCAAAAGUUUAUUGCUCCUGAACAUUCUGCAACAAAUGGACUUGCCGAAUGAAAUUUACAAACGCUUAAACACCGAUUAA